AUGGAGCCCGCCGACAGCUGCGCCGCGAUCCGCGCGCCGCCGGGCGCGCCGCCGUCGCGGCGGGCGCUGUACUGGGAGCCCGGCGGCGAGAAGGUCAACGUAGCGUACCCCCACAAGCAGCCGUCGCGUGUCGUCAGGCUGAAGGUCGGGUUCACCAACGCCGCCAUAUACAAGCUGCCCGAGGGCGUGGUCGCUUUUUUCCUGAAGCCCACGCUGGUGUACCUGUAUGGAGUGGACAAGGCGCAAGUCACCGGCGCCGCCGCCGCGCUGCGCGCGGUGCGGCCGCCGAACGCUUACACGGGGAACGGCGUGAUGCUGCUCGGGGAGGAGGUGCAGCUGCGGCAGAGGGCCGGCAGCAAGUAA